AUGAAUCGUUUCAUCGAAUUUGGUUCCGCAACGUCGAUUCCGUUGUAUAAUUGCAGUCAUAUCCCUUUAACUCCCGAGCAGUGGUCUGAAAAGGAUGGUGUUUCUCGUCCAAUCUUCGGUGCUACAGAAUUCACAUUUGGCAUGCUCAUCGAAAUACUCUACAUUCCAUUGAUAGUUGUGAUGCUCGAGAAGAAGAAUUUCUCAAUGUCGUGCUACAAAAUUAUGGUGUUUCUGGCAUUAAUAGACUUUGUUGCUGUUAUUUUCAGCUGCCUGAUGACUGGUUUUUUAACAUUCCAGGGCGCCGUAUUUUGUACGUAUCCAAAUUUAAUCUACAUUUCCGGAUGCACUGCAAAAUGCACAUGGACCGGCUCUUGCCUAACUGCCAUGAUUUUAGUUAUCAAUCGAUUAUUGGAUUUAUCAUUUAAUCGCAUUAAAAAUAUUUUGUUCGAUGGAAAUCGAACUUUUUUGAUCCUAAUCAUCCCAUUUGGUUAUGCGUCAUAUUUCUUGAUUUUCAAUCCACCAAUCGUGUUUACAUCAAAAUUUCAUUCAUGGUUUUUUGAUCCCUUGAUAUUUGAAGGAAGAAGUGCAGAAUACAAUAAUAUUCCAGUUUUAUUCAACAAUUUUCUAAUUGUAAUUACGACGUGUUGCCUGUAUAUGUUCUUCUGUUGUGCUCUUGGAGCUAAGACAAAAAACACGAAAACAAGUUCCCAAACCCGAAAAAUGAGUCUCCAAAUAUUUUUCCAAUCAGCAAUGAUAUGCGCUGUCAAUUUUUCUGCAUCUAUGAUUUACGUAAUUAUGAACUAUGUGGAAGUCCCAUUCUCAAUUAUACUAUUUGGUCAAUUCACUUGGCAAAUGGGAAGUGCAUCGCCAGUAUUCAUAUAUUUAACACUUAAUAAAACAAUCAGAAAUGGGGUACUCCUGAAAUUGGGGCUAACGUUCGCAUUCGGAAAAACUUCAGUUGUGUCAAAAACUUCAGCAGCUCUUGUUGUCCAAGUGGGAAAUCGUAAUGUGAAUUGA